UGAGCAGCAAGUGGAUGUGCUUCAUAGCAUUAAGCUCUCCAGCACUCACUCCCCCUGCAGCAGUAUGAAGGUCUCUUGCCUCUGCCUUAGCUUCCUCUUGGCUAUCUGUGGGUUGCAUUGGACACCAACCACUGCCAACAAAAUCUUCCAUUUUGGGUCGUGUGAGAUUUUGAUGAAUGUCAACGAAAUCAGGACUGGCUUCACAGCAAUUAAAGCAAACAUUCAAGCCCGAGACACCGUCAGAACCACCAGCAUUUUGUCAUUCCCAUAUUCACUGCAUAGAGUCAACUCUGAAGAUACAUGCUGCUUCAUUCACCACCUGCUGAAAUUCUAUGUGGACAUGGUCUUCAAACACUGUGAGACGGAGGAUUCGUGGGUCAACCGGAAAAUCAGCAGCAUAGCCAACUCUUUCCUCAGCAUCAAGAAGAACUUCAGGCAUUGUUGCGAGAUCAACAUGCAUUUCCACGAACUGAGACACAACUUUGCAGCUGUCAAGGAGAUGCUUCAAUCUCAAGAUAAAAACACCGACGUCAGAUUCUUACCCAAAUCAUAUUCUUUGCAGGACAUUGAGCCUGUGGACAGGUGUUGUUUCCUACGUCAUUUGAUGAGGUUUUACCUGGCAAAUGUUUUCAAACACUGUGAGGAAUCCAGUUUCCUUGUCAAGAGGAAAGUCAGCAGCAUAGCCAACAACUUUCUCCAUAUCAAGAGGGACUUGAGGCUCUGUCAUGACGCUGGCAUGUGUCACUGCACAGAGGAUGUGAAGCAAAAAUACACACGGAUCCUGAGCCGGUUUGAAGAGAUGGACAUUCAGUCUGCAGCCAUCAAAGCUCUUGGGGAGCUGGAUAUUCUGUUGGACUGGAUGGACAAGACUGAUUAG